CCUAUGCCUAUUACGUAUACACAUGAUUCAAUUAUGCAUGUUAGUAAUUAAAGAUAACUUGCACGUUGUUAACCUGUGUAUUAUCACACCUUACAAAUGCAGCGUACGUUAUAAUGAAAGGAGAUAUUGUUAUGUAAUGAAGUCAAAGUGAUACAUAUUAUUCAAUCUUUAUGAAUCCCCUUCCAGACCUCAUUUCUGUGUUCUUACCUGCAUUAAUCAAUUGAUAGCAACACACAAACUAAAGUUUAAAAAAAGUAAAGGAUGAACGACGCCAUUACAUGAAAUGGUACUUAGCUUUGUUUGUAAAAUAGUCAUAGUCUACGUAACUAUGGCGAAUGGAAUAAUUCAGAAGACAGAUGAUAACUUAGAAAUAUGUUCUAACAGUCAGUGCGAAACUAUGGUCCAAGAUUUACAGCUGAGCCAAUCAGAAGCGGACAUUUUACACUCUGCCCCUUGUCCACCACCAUGGGAUAUGUCACUUUUGUUUUCAUCUACUAUCCGCUGUCUAGAUUGUGCACAGAGAGUACAAAUACUACAAAAAUGUUUAAAAGAAUGGAACAUCACAAUUGACUGCGAAAAUAUCAUCAGCUGUGAAGACUGCAUUUCCUGUGAUGUUUGUAAUAACGACUCGAGCACUGACAAUAAUGAAACCGCUUUGGACGAGACAACAAAGGAAAAUGGCAUAGUAAAACAGAAUGACAACGAUACAGUAAACGUUAAAAUGAUAGUAUUAAUUGUAAUGGUUACAUUGACUACGUGUUCUUUAUUUCCAAUUGCAUUCAUGGUGUACAAACAAAGGAGACGUAGACAACGUAGAUCGAUUAAUAAUAAACCGAAUAAAAAAGAUAUAACAACGAAUGUAGAAACUGCAGAUGCAUUGGUUAACGACACAAGAGAAGAAGAAGAUGAUAAAAUGAAUGUAUCCCAUCAGUUACUUAAUGAAAAUGUUCAAAAUAGUUCUGAAGAAAUUAUCACAUGAACUAUAUAUUCUUGAUUACAUUGAAAAGAUAAGAGAAUCAAAAUGAAAUGCUACCGUUUGGAUUAAAUGAAAAGUCGAACUAGAACCACCCAAUGCAAGAUUAUCAGAACGUGAAAGGAGUACGUAUAUGGGUAGGGGUGAACCUAUAUGGAUUUAACUUCACGUAGAAUUGAGAUUUUUAGUGCUUACAAACCAGUAAAAAAUCCGAUUGCGGAAGACUAUUGAUAUGGAACAAACUAUAGUCAUUAAGCUACUUGUACAGAUAAGAUACAGAGGAAAGAAAAAAGGACCUACACCAAAGAAAAGAAGAAUCGAUAUGCAGUUAUCUAUUUACAUUUAGAAAGUCCAAAAUGAUUUGUGAUCUACUAACAACAUGGAAUCUAGAAUUGUCUAGAAAUGAUGUUUUACACAGGACAAUUGUCAAAAUAUUGUUCUGCAAAUUAAAUUAUAACUUACAAAUUAAAGUGGUUUUGGUUUUUCGUAAAACAUCAAAAUGCAAAUACGAAACUACAUGUAUAAUCAUCCAGGAGAACGAGGUAGUGAAUAUGGCCUAAUAUAUAUACUUACAUGCACUAUCUAUAAAUAUUUCACAAAAACAAGAAAAUAUAACGAGAAUGAAUGUCCCAUUGCACUAUCGCAAUUUCAAUUAAUUGUGUGAUUUGCAGGACGAUGAAUCGUGCUACAGAGGGUGCAAGAUAGUCAACAUGAUGUACGAAGUGAUCUCUGACAAAGGUUACUAUAUCUUGCAUCCGUGAAAAAUCUCAGGUGUUACGGGUGGUAUAUAAUGGUUCCCAUGUGCAAAACCAUUGGUUUGGUCCCAUAUUUAUGUGGACGCAAGAGUUUUGAAAAAGAGGCGGGAUGAAAAAGUAAACAGGAUUAAUAAGAAUAAGAAUAUGUAUUAUUCCAAUCAAGGACCCUUGAUGGGCAGCAUAACGUGUACACAUAAAACAUCAUGAUUUGUAACAGAAAAAAAACAUUUUUAUAUACUAAAAUGAAACAUUAAAAAAAGUUCAGACA